GUGAUGUGACGAGGACGGCGGCGUUGAUACAAAAAAGAGAAGGAAAACAGGAGAAUGCGAUUUUUGUGAGGGCAGUGCAAACUUGAUAUCAGAGCCCCGCAGUCCCCAAACCAAGUGUUUACGGCGCGCGGCGACCAACACGCGUCGGUUUUUGCGUCGGUGGUGUGAGAACAGCGUGUUUUUCCGAUCUUAAGAGUUUAUUGUUCUUCGCCGUCGCUAGCUAACGUUAGCCGACACCGACAGUGUGCUCGUGUUUUUGUAGCUGCUCGAUUUAAAUCGGUCCUGCUGUGAGUCGAUCUGGUGGGAAACUCGUCGCUAGCGGUUUCAAUCUCGGUGAGGUUCGCUGGAGGAGAAUGGCAACGUCGGCUCUGUACGCCUGCACCAAGUGUAACCAGCGCUAUCCCUUCGAGGAGCUGUCGCAGGGGCAGCAGCUUUGCAAGGAAUGUCGCAUCGCCCACCCAAUCGUGAAGUGCACGUACUGCAGGUCGGAGUUCCAGCAAGAGAGCAAAACCAACACCAUCUGCAAGAAAUGUGCCCAGAACGUCAAACAGUUUGGAACGCCCAAACCCUGCCAGUACUGUAACAUCAUCGCAGCGUUCAUCGGGACCAAGUGUCAGCGGUGCACCAACUCGGAAAAGAAAUACGGGCCCCCGCAGACCUGCGAGCAGUGCAAGCAGCAGUGCGCCUUCGACCGCAAGGAGGAGGGCCGGAGGAAGGUGGACGGCAAGCUUCUGUGCUGGCUCUGCACGCUCUCCUACCGCCGGGUCCUGCAGAAGACCAAGGAGCAGCGGAAGGGCUUUGGCUCCUCCAAUUCCUCGUCUCUGAAUGAGAAAGACCACCACUCUAGACCGCACCACCACCAUCACCACCACCAUCACCAACACAGGCACAGCAGCUCUCACCACAAACUAAGUGGAAGUUUAAGUCCAGAGCCAGAGCAGGGAUUAUGGAAGCAAAGCCAUAAAUCAUCUUCAAUCCAGAAGGAGCCUCCAAAGAAGAAACCAAAACUGGAAUUGAAGCCAUCCAACGGUGACAGUAGCUCCAUCACCCAGUCCAUGGACUCCGGAGGAACGGACAACUUCAUCCAGAUCAGCCAGCUGAAAGAAGAAGUGAUGUCGCUGAAGAGACUGCUGCAGCAGAAAGACCAGACCAUUCUGGAGAAGGACAGGAAGCUGACGGAGCUGAAAGCCGACUUCCAGUACCAGGAGUCCAACAUGAGAGUGAAGAUGAACCAAAUGGAGAAGGCCCACAAGGAGUCCAUGGAGCAGCAGCAGUCCAAAAACAGAGAGCUGAUGAAGCAGGUGGCCGCUCUGUCCAAAGGAAAGAAGUUUGACCGGACAGGAAGUUCCCUGCUGCUGCCCUAACAAUGACGACGACUGGCGGAUGGACAGGCGACAGCGCUGCAGCACUGUGACAAGUGUUUCCUCAUCAGCAUCGAUCACGACGGUGAAGCCCCAGCUCAGCAGGAAUUCGCCAUGGAACAAAAAAAACCUUCUGGUUCUGUUUAUUUUCGGGGGGGACUGGUCGACUGGAUGGAAGGAUCCUUUUCCAAAACACUGCCAGGCCCAGUCCGGAUUCUGCCGACGUCCUCCUGAUGUCACGGGAUGUAUUUAUUCAGAUGUUUCGGUUUCUGACCUCAUACUCAGAGAAUGAACUAUAUUUUGGGCUUUUCUUUCAAAGCGUUACUUUCUAUUUUUCUAUAUGGAUUUGAUUGUGGGAGCGCUCCUCCGCGGAGACGUCGUGAUGUAUGCAAUUGUGGGAUGGACGACCACCGACGCUAGAGAUGGCUCUCAGCACCAGGAAGCAAUGAACCAUGAACUGGCCGCGCUGGUCCUCUGGCGUGGAACGAUUGUAACACUGCAUGACGUGAUACUGCCAGACGCUCCGCCCCUUUUUAGACCUUUUUUUAAAAGAAUCAAGUGUACAUGUGUUUCCGGGGGGCAGCUGUGUAUUUAAACUAUUGCUUGUAUCUGUUUUAGUGAGAACAGUGUGUACAGUGAGGCCAGUUUCCAUGUCUAUAGAAGAUGCUUUAAAGAAAAACACACCUUCACCUUUUGCUUAUGUCUCAUCAGACGUCACUUUUGUACUCUUUUCCAACCCAAGUGUUUCAAAGUCUAUUAAA